AUGGGAAAUGCCUCUGAAACAGCUUUGUUUGUUUCCACCAUCUCAGAAGAGCAGGAUGUCCUCAUGGGGACCCUCUACAGCGUAUUCUUUGUUCUCUCUCUUUUGGGAAACAGCAUACUGCUGUUUGUUGCCUAUAGAAAGAGGUCCUCCUUGAAACCAGCUGAGUUUUUCAUUGUCAACCUGUCCAUCAGUGACCUGGGAAUGACCGUCACCCUCUUCCCCUUGGCCACACCUUCUGCUUUUGCACACAGGUGGCUGUUUGAUGAUCUCACCUGCCUGUACUAUGCGUUCUGCGGUGUCCUCUUUGGUCUCUGCAGCCUGACCAACCUGACCGUCCUCUCCUGUGUCUGCUGUCUGAAGGUCUGCUUCCCCAAUUAUGGCAACAAGUUCUCACCCUCCCAUGCCCGUUUUCUGGUGGUGGGGGCCUGGUGCUAUGCUUCCAUCUUUGCGGUGGGGCCACUGGCCCACUGGGGUCACUACAGCCCAGAGCCCUAUGGAACCGCCUGCUGCAUCAACUGGGACGCACCCAAGAAUGAGCUGUCGGCCAUGACCUACAUCAUCUGCCUCUUCCUCUUCUGCUACGUGGUGCCCUGCACCAUCAUCUUCUGCUCCUACGCCUUCAUCCUGCUGACUGUGCGCGGAUCCCGGCAAGCAGUCCAGCAGCACGUCUCCCCCCAGACCAAGACUGCCAAUGCCCACGCCCUCAUUGUCAAGCUGUCUGUAGCAGUGUGCAUAGGGUUCCUGACGGCGUGGAGUCCAUACGCAGUGGUGGCCAUGUGGGCAGCCUUCAGCAACUCCUUCCUGGUGCCGCCAUUCGCCUUUGCGCUAGCUGCCAUCUUCGCCAAGUCUUCCACCAUCUUCAACCCUGUGGUCUACCUGCUCUUCAAGCCCAACUUCCGCAAGUCCCUGUGCCGAGACGGGGCGCUGUUUCGCCGUCAACUCUGCUCACGCGUGUGUGGGUGCGGGCCCCGUCCUGCGCGGAAGGACUCCCAGCGCAACAACAAGGACGUCAGCAACUCUACCCGGCUCUCCAAUGGGCAGCCGGAGUGCCAUGGUGGGGCGUGUAGGCACUGUGCAGGGGCGGUGCCACGUUGUCCGGUCACACCGCAGAGGACUGCACGCAUCCUGGUUGUCUCCUCCCACAGUGAGGUGACCAUCAGCCAGCUCUCUAACAAAAUGCAGAACAACUUCCUCUAG